GUUGGGGUUAUCUUCUAGGAAGGAGGUGAGAUAUACGCAGGGCUGAUAAAGUCGGCAUUUUGCCUAUAUAAACAGCCUCCUUGCGCCUCUCUUCUCAUUACUCUGGUUUUUCUCCUUUCGUUGAAGAAGCAAAGAAUCUCCCUCUCUAGCAUUUCAAGAUGCAAAUCUUCGUGAAAACUCUCACCGGCAAGACCAUAACUCUGGAGGUCGAGAGUUCAGACACUAUUGACAACGUGAAAGCAAAGAUCCAAGAUAAGGAAGGGAUACCUCCUGACCAACAGCGUCUGAUCUUCGCGGGCAAGCAGCUGGAGGACGGACGCACCCUUGCUGACUACAAUAUUCAGAAGGAAUCCACUCUCCAUCUGGUUCUUCGAUUGAGGGGUGGCAUGCAGAUCUUUGUAAAAACUCUCACCGGCAAGACCAUCACUCUUGAGGUUGAGAGCUCUGACACCGUUGAUAACGUCAAGGCGAAGAUUCAGGACAAAGAAGGCAUCCCUCCUGACCAGCAGAGGCUUAUCUUCGCCGGCAAGCAGCUCGAGGAUGGUCGUACCCUUGCUGAUUACAACAUACAGAAAGAGUCCACCCUCCACCUUGUCCUUCGCCUCAGAGGUGGUAUGCAGAUCUUUGUCAAGACCCUCACCGGCAAGACCAUCACUCUUGAGGUUGAGAGCUCUGACACCAUUGAUAACGUCAAGGCGAAGAUUCAGGACAAAGAAGGCAUCCCUCCUGACCAGCAGAGGCUUAUAUUCGCCGGCAAGCAGCUCGAGGAUGGUCGCACCCUUGCUGAUUACAACAUACAGAAAGAGUCCACCCUCCACCUUGUCCUUCGCCUCAGAGGUGGUAUGCAGAUCUUUGUCAAGACCCUCACUGGUAAGACCAUCACUCUGGAGGUUGAGAGUUCUGACACAAUAGACAAUGUAAAGACGAAAAUCCAGGAUAAGGAAGGCAUCCCUCCUGAUCAACAGAGGCUCAUUUUUGCCGGGAAACAGCUUGAGGAUGGUCGCACCUUAGCUGACUAUAACAUACAGAAAGAGUCAACCCUCCACUUAGUUCUUCGCCUGAGGGGUGGCAUGCAGAUUUUUGUGAAGACCCUAACUGGAAAGACCAUCACUCUGGAGGUAGAGAGCUCUGAUACCAUUGACAAUGUGAAGGCGAAGAUCCAGGAUAAGGAAGGGAUCCCACCAGACCAACAACGUUUGAUCUUUGCAGGUAAGCAGCUGGAGGAUGGCAGGACCCUGGCGGAUUAUAACAUCCAGAAAGAAUCCACCCUUCACCUCGUGCUCCGCCUUCGCGGAGGGAUGCAGAUUUUUGUGAAGACCUUGACAGGCAAGACCAUUACCCUCGAGGUGGAGAGCUCUGACACCAUAGACAAUGUGAAGGCUAAGAUUCAGGAUAAGGAAGGUAUCCCACCAGACCAGCAACGGUUGAUCUUUGCAGGGAAGCAGUUGGAAGAUGGGCGAACACUUGCUGACUACAACAUUCAGAAAGAGUCGACCCUCCACCUGGUUCUUCGUCUUCGGGGGGGUGAUCUGUGAAGGAAGAAAGCCAUUCUAAAUAAAUCCUUUUCAAGUAUGUCAUAUGAAUUGGUGAUGUUAUAUGUUAACUUUUGUUUGGUUUAUGAGGUUGGUUUGUGUUUUGCAUUGGUCAUUGGAUGAUUCGUCACUCAUCUUUACUCUGGUGUUGACGUACAGAGAUGGGAAUGAAAAACAUGUUGGUCCAAUUUGAGAUUGUGUAGUUGGGUUUUCUGCUAUGUGAAUUUCUCUGAAACUCUACCAGUAGCUUGGAAAUGGUCAUGAGUUAAUGCUAUAUGAUAUAGUUUACCAUUUAA